AUGUCGCUCGAUAAACUUGAUAUGGAGAAGAGGAAGCAGAUCAGUGUGCGUGGUAUAGCACAAGUUGAAAAUGUCAGCAAUCUCAAGGCUGCGUUCAACAGGCAUCUACAUUUUGACGUUGUCAAAGAUCGCAAUGUUGCAACACCAAGAGAUUUUUAUCUUGCCCUCGCACGUACCGUUUGGGAUCAUCUUUGCUCGCGAUGGAUUCGAACGCAGCAGUUCUAUUUCAGAGAGGAUCCGAAGCGUGUCUACUACCUCUCGCUGGAAUUUUACAUGGGGCGCACGCUUACUAACACAAUGAUGAAUGUGAACAUCACGGCUGCCAUCGACGAAGCCCUCUACCAGAUGGGACUUGAUAUCGAGGAGUUAGAGGAAAUUGAAGCCGACGCCGGUCUUGGUAAUGGUGGUCUUGGGCGCUUGGCGGCCUGCUUCUUGGACUCGAUGGCAACCCUUGGCUUGGCUGCCUAUGGUUACGGAAUCCGCUAUGAUUACGGCAUCUUUGAGCAGGCAAUCAAAAACGGCUGGCAAGUCGAGGAACCCGACGAAUGGCUGCGCUACGGUAACCCAUGGGAGAAGGGUCGCCCUGAGUACAGUUAUCCUGUCAACUUCUACGGUCGUGUUGAAGACGCCGGAAAUGGUCGACGACGAUGGGUUGAUGCGCAGCCGGUAUUCGCGAUGCCCUACGAUACCCCCGUACCUGGCUACCGAAACAACACGUGCAAUACGUUGCGUUUAUGGUCUGCGAAGGCACCCAGCGGUUUUGACCUACAAAUUUUCAAUACCGGUGAAUAUAUCAAUGCUGUCUGUGGCCGAAACAAUGCCGAAAACAUCUCGCGUGUGCUGUAUCCAAAUGACAACUUCUUCCAAGGCAAGGAGUUACGACUGAAGCAAGAAUAUUUCUUGGUUGCAGCCACCCUCCAAGAUAUCAUUCGAAGGUACCGAGUCACAAACCAGGGCACCCGUUCGCUCGACCGCCUUCACGAGAAGGUAGCCAUUCAGCUGAACGAUACUCACCCUUCGAUGGCUAUUCCCGAGUUGAUGCGCAUUCUGGUCGAUGUUGAAGGCAUGGAAUGGGACAAAGCUUGGGAGAUCAGUUGUGCAACAUUUGCUUACACCAAUCACACCAUCCUGCCCGAGGCUCUUGAACGCUGGCCAGUGUCAAUGAUGGAGCAUCUUCUCCCACGUCAUCUCGAAAUUAUUUACCAAAUCAACCACAACUUCCUUCAGCUUGUGCUGAAGCGUUGGCCCCAUGAUCUGGAUCGUAUGCGCACUAUGUCCAUUAUCGAGGAGGAAGGUGAGAAGCGUGUCAACACGGCCUACCUCUGCAUUAUUGGCUCUCAUGCUGUAAAUGGUGUCUCCGCGGUGCAUACGGAGAUCAUCAAGCGUGACACAUUCCGUCCGUUCUAUGAGUUGUGGCCCGAGCGAUUCCAGAACAAGACCAAUGGCAUCACCCCGCGCCGUUGGCUGCUACUGUGCAAUCCCUCACUUUCGGAUGAGAUCAUGGAGUUUCUGGGCAAUGACAAGUGGAUCACUCAUUUGGACGAGCUGAAACGCCUAAGAGAUUUUGCCGAUGAUAAGGCAGUUCUGCACCGCCUAUUGCGUGUGAAGCGUGAAAACAAGCAGAAAUUCGCACAGUACAUGAAACAACGGUACGGCGUCGACCUGGACGUCUCAACCAUGUUUGAUAUUCAGGUGAAACGAAUUCACGAGUACAAACGCCAACUCUUGAAUUGUCUCUACAUGAUCACCCAGUACAAUCGUAUCAAGGCCAAUCCCCAGGCCAAAGUCACUCCUCGAACCGUCAUGAUUGGUGGAAAGGCAGCGCCCGGUUACCAUAUGGCGAAACUCAUCAUCAAGCUCAUCAACUCAGUGGGUGAAGUGGUUAACAAUGAUCCCAUUGUGCCGAUUCUAGCUCCGCCGUGUGACUUCGUGGGACUUCUUUUGCCGUCAACCCUAACCUGUUUCCUUUACUCUGUUCCUCCUCCUUCUCCCUCGUCCUGCCAUCAGCUAAUUUUCCUGGAAAACUACCGCGUAUCCCUGGCUGAGAAAAUUUUCCCUGCAGCGGAACUUUCACAACAGAUUUCCACCGCCGGAACUGAGGCCUCCGGCACGGGCAACAUGAAAUUCAUGGUAAGCAAUUCCAUCCACCGCUCAGCCUUCGUCACGCGUUUUAAACCUGCGUAG